UGUUGGUCAACACUUGUUUCUGGCCAUCUGGCAACAUAGGGGACUCCUCAAAAUAUAUUGUCGUGGUUUUGUAAUUCCCUUCUAAGUAUCAAUUAAAAACACGGUUUUGCUGUGGUUCCGGUGCAAAUAUGUCUCGCAGCGCUCGCCCCCUCACCUCCGCCCGUGUCCUGCACAAAAUCAAGGCUCUGAGCACCCCCCAAACCAGCACUGAAUAUGUGAUCAACCGGAAUCCCAGGAAUCUGGAGAGAUUACGAAUUGCCUACAAGCCGGGUGGCUAUCAUCUGGAGAAACCCGGUCGAUCCUACUGGCACACCCUGGAGAUCAACACCAGUGGUCGAUAUGUCAGCGCCGAUGUCAAGCACUUCGAGAAUGGAACCAUCCUGAGUGCCAGCACCUCCGAAUGGGCCAUCAAACAGCAGCUCUACAAGACCAACGAUACCUCGGCGUUCGUAAACCUCGGGAGAGUGCUGGCCCAUCGUUGUCUCCAGUCGGGGAUUACAGAGAUGACGUGCAACGUGGAUGCGGUGCCCGGAAGCAAGCUGCAGAAGUUGCUCCAAACCCUCCAGGACAACGGUGUGUCCUUCAAGGAACCCGCUCGUCUGGCCAACCAACAGCCCUGGGAUGCCGAGAGGCACGAAAAGCCCUGGGAGGUGUUAGACGGAUCCUUGGAUCCCACAAAAUCUAAAUAACCCAAAGAAACCCCGCUUAGUUUUCGUUUCGUUUAGAAUAAACGUUGAUUAUUAUUGCUAAUUA